AUGUCAGCACCCAUCGACACCGAAUGGCCUUACCAAAGAAACCUUAAUAUCCGCGAGAUUGAAAAGACACCCGUUUCUCUCGUCAAAACCCCUCUACAGAUUACUGAACCAAACUACGAGUUCCCAGAGAAGGGUGACAGUAUCGUACCGGUGGAGACCCAGCUCCACCUGGAGUGGCUGCUGACAAAGUACGAACUCUUCCUGGCGAAGAAAAGGCUUGCGCGCAUGUCUCAUUCACUUGCACCAAACAACUUGAGACCGACAUGCGUCGAAUUCGCUUAUAACUUUCCACAAGUGUAUAACCCAAGAAUGCCGAGUGCAAGUGAUCAAUGGCUGGUUCCUAAACCGUACGACCCUUCGAUCAACAUCAACACAGAACGACGACAGGUCUCGUCAACACCUACGUCAACGACUCUAAUGGCUCCCGGAACGCCCGUCUAA